UCUAAUUGCAACGUUACUCAGGCCCAAACAGAGGAACUCUGUGUUCACAUUCGGCCUUUUAUUGCACAUCACAUCGAAUUUUCGGUUAUUAGUUUGCUGAAUAACAGAAGAAGAAGAAGAAGAAGAAAAAUAAAUUUCAUGACAAAAUUAUAUAUUAAUAAUCAAUUUCUCUUAGUCCGUCUCUAUUCAAGAACACAAAAAAAAUAAUAAUAAUAAAAAAUAAAAAAGAAAAAUCAAUUUCUCAGUUUAUGAUUAUGAAUAAAAUCUUGACGGUGUUAUUGUUAAUUGCGAUUGGUUUAAAAGCUUCGGCUGCUAGUCAACUCAGUUUUUUUGAUUGGUUUUUUGAAUUUAUUUUUAAAGAUUUUGGAAAUGAUGUGAACGAUGUGGUGGAACAAGCCGAAUAUAUGACCUUGGAUGAGUUAGGCAUAUCGAGAGGGUCAUGUCAACGCAACUUCAUUGCGUUUAUAUCUUUCGAAAGUAUUCGUAUGUGUUAUGUUGACGAUGAAUUUAUUUUACAUUUACUACCAGUAGCGACAGCAGCUGAUGAUUCUCGAAAGCCUCCAAUAAUGGUUAAAUGUUUGAGCGAACAUCCGCUUAUUGAAAAGGGUUUCAAUAAAUUACAUAUGAUGGGCAGCGCCCAAGAAAUUGUGGAUUUACUUAAACCCGUUGGUAACAAUACAAAACGCUAUGAACCGGGCAGUUGCGUAUUAGUGUAUUUCUAUACGCCUACAUGCCUAGCUUGCACGGUCCUAGCAUUAUCUGUUAAUGCCUUGCCGCACGUAUUCAAAACUUUACCAGUUGCCGCUAUAGAUGCUUACAAAUUUGCAAGUUUCAAUGCCGAAUUUCGAAUUGUGGACUUACCAACACUAGUAUUAUUUCAUCAAGGACGACCUGUAGUGAAAUAUCGCGACGGUAAAUUUGACACAUUCAUAACGCGACAUACUGGUCUCAAACCUAUAGAAUUUCCCAAAAUUUCCCUAUCAACACCUUUACCUUUCAACGUGGAGCAUCAAACCGAUUACAUAUUAAUACUUGCCUGGGUGUUUAUGCUCGCAUGUUCCGCUUAUUAUUUUUCAAAAUUUCGCUUCUAUAUGCAAAUUGUAAAAAUGAUUGAAAGAAAUUGGCGCGAACUAGAAGCACUAUUAGAGCCCUAUUAA